UUGGAUUAUGUCAGAUGCCUCCGCUGUUGUGAUGAAUGGGAAUAAGAGCAGCCAGAAAGGAAGAUGAACUUUGAUUCUCUGGAGGACUCGAUCCAGAACCUGCUGUCGGUGCUGUACCCCCCCUUCGAGGCCACCGCCCCCACACUCCUCAGCCAGCUCUUCCACAUCAUUGAUCGUCGUUAUCAGGGAGACGCCCUCCGCUGCCUGCUGGACUUUCUGGUCCCAGCCAAGCACAUCUUAGACACUGUGCAGCAGGCUGCAUGUGCUCAGUACUCUGAUGCACUCUUCUGCUGUGAGGGCUGGCCUCUGUGUUUGCGGGACCAAGUUGUCGUCCACCUUGCUCCCAUCAACCCCCUCAUACUCCUGCCUGGUGACUUUUACCUACAAGUGGCACCAUUUUGUGACCAAUCAGCUCGCAUCGUGGUGUGCAGCCUCUUGGAAGAGGCGGGGCUUAGAGUAGAAGUGGUUGAGGAGACCCCGAUCCCUGAAACUUCCUACCCUUCUAUAUUCAGCGGUGAGUGGUUAAAGGAGAUCAACCAGGGCCGCCAUGGAACGCCCCUGAGCCGAUGCCUGCUUGCCACCGAGCAGGGAGUGUUGAGGUUACCAUGGGAACGGGUGGCCGUGCCUGAUUUGGUUGACGUGCCACAGUGUGCUGGGAGUAGUAUGGCCUCUGUUCCUCCUUCAUAUCCUCCUUUACCACCUCCUCUUCCUCCUCCACUUCCUCAUUCUUCUGAGAAAUCUUCGUCGAAUCGUUCAUUUCGUCUUUCACCUGCAAAGAAACCUGCACCAAAAGAGUGCAAAGUAAACGUUCAAAAAUCAACCUCAGCAUCUUCUUCACAUCCCACCGCCUUCUCUGUGGAGACGAGAAUAUGUCCAGGGAAGCACGGCAUCGCUGUGUCUCUCUGCCGGGUGGAUUCCACUGCUGCCUCUUCAUCUAGAAUUGUCAAAGUGAAAGAAACUGAAACCGAGCACAAGCCUAUUGGCUGGGUUUCCCCAAAUACAUGGGACAGCCGCUUCACUGGGUCAGGUUCAGACACAGCGACAAAAACAAGUGCUGCUUCAGAGAAACCCUGUACUCCGUGCAUGAAGAGGAGACAAGGCGGUCAGGUCUCCCGAACUCAGGAGCUGAGGUGCCGAUACAGGGACUCCUACCAGGCUGCUAUAGAAAACCCUGUCACCUUUGGACAGGAGAGAGAGAGGGGGAAUAUGUUAGCUGUGGUGGAGGAGGAUGAUGAUUUCUCACAGGGUGACGACAGACAGAUGCCACCAGGGACUGAAACAGAGGAUCCAUGGUGUAAUGUAGGAGGAAUGUGGUGUGAUCCUGGGAUCCAAAACCAGCCUCCUUUAUCUGUCAGUGGAGCCGUCUGUAAAGAGUCGGGAGAAAAAAACACUGUUCCAUAUUGGAAACCAGGAGAUUCUAGCCCUGCCCCCCUUAUGGAGUACAGGUGCACCAAUCCUUUAAAAUAUGGCGGGGUACCAGAGCAGCCGGCUGAAACAACCACCGUGCCAUUCAGGGAAACAGGGAACAGACACACUGCCAAACCUGUGAACGGGAAACAUUUAGCAACUGGAGCGAGGAUCAACAAUCAAAACUUGUCAGAUUCAAAGGAUCCUCAACAGCCACACGUGACCUCUACCAAACACCAUGGAUUGCAGUGUGGUCCAGGUGAAAUGUCAGGGACAAGCCUGGCCCUCAAGCCUCGUGAAAGAUUAAGAAACAGAACCAGUUCCUCUGGGAUGAGUCCAAACAUCACAAAGCCUCUCACAGCGUUACAUACCAGACGAGAAUCCACAUCCGAUGGAAGGUGUUCAUCCCUCUCCACGGCCGUGGUGGACACCUCGGAGAAGUGUGAACUGGUCAUCGUUGAAGGACAAAAUGUCAGGAGAAGAGAAAGUAAAAGCUCCUGUGCAGAGGUUCCCCAGCUGCAUGUUGUCAAAUGUAAAAACAGCACAGCCUUUGGGCUGGUGUCUCCCAAGAUCAACAGGAGGAAGAUGGUCAUUCCAGGUGGUGCUCAGCCCAGCAGUACAUCAUUAACCAGCAGACAAUGUCAUCAGAGGGAGAACCCGUCUCAGGCAGAUCCACCUCCAGCAUCAGAGACACAGAAGAUCUCCCAGCAUGCCUCUGCUCGGCCUAGACCCAACCACCUCCCCCUGGGAUCCCCAGACCCCAGAGCCCACCCCCUCUACCUGGGAGUAGCAUCACUCACAGGCGGCAGAGACAGGACAGGCAGGGCUAUAGUUGAGCUCUAUGGAGAGCACCCAGGCUGGAGAUCAGCUGUAACAAGCCAGGAGAUCUUCCACAUGCUGCUCUACUUCCACUUGAUCAUCAGGAGGGAAAUCAGAGAAGCUGGGAUGACUCUUAUAUUUGAUGCGAGGAAGACAAAUCCUCCGCCACAGCUCUACAAGGCCUUGAUGACGCUUCAGGAGCAGAGUCCGCUGGUACUGAACAGUUUGGUGAUGCUGGUGGACAAGGACAGCCGCCUGCGGCCUGAGAGAUGUCCAGGUGUCCAGACGGACAUGGUGACGUUGAUGAAAGCCUUGCUGAAGCUGGUGGAGGGGAAUCAGCUGAGCUCCCGCCUGGACGGCACACUGUCUCACAGCCACUGUGACUGGAUAGAGCUGCACCAGAAACUUUUCCCAUUUGUAUCUGAUCUUCACGAAGCCUCCAGCCUGCUUCUGAAUGCCAUCAGUAAGGUAGAGGAGCCCCAGAGGACAGACACUGUACAGACUGUGCAGCAGUGCAUGAUGGACCAGAGGACUCUGAUGAGGGACGUACUUGAGGACAGCAGAUUGGUUGGCCUGCAGAGGGAGGGUGGGGCCAUCUUGGCGAGGCUGAGAAGGGAGAGUGACCUCAAAUACCCUCACUGUGAAGACCUCAGUGAUGCAGUAGACUCUGUGACGAGUCUGUACAACCACAUGGAGGAGCAGGCUCACGUUCUGGUGCUGAGGUCCAACGUGUCCCUGGAACACCUGGAGUACCUGCUGCAGCUCCGGGAGUUGGAGGGACACUUCACCCAGAUGCAUCAUUGGUUUCAUGUAGAAGGAGAGCGCCACCUGCUGGAGGCUGAGUCUGUGGAGGACUCUGGGGACAGAAUGGAGCAGAUCCUUAACAGCUUCACUGGUUUCCUUAUUGAGGACCGAAGGCACCACGCUAUGUCGUUAGUGUCCGAGGCCGAGCGGCUGCAGCAGAGCGGCCACUACUACCCAGAGACGGAAGCAUUCAGGACUUUUGUCUGCACCUUCAAGUCAGGCCUGGAGGAGUUCCUGUGCAGGGCCGAGGCCUGCGGCAGAGAGCUGCAGAUCAUGGUCAACGUGUGUGAUUUUUGUGAGCAGGCAGCAGCUCUGGCCGGCGAAUGCAUUGAUUACCUGGACCAGAGUCAAACAAAUUCUCAACAAAACCAUCAAGACGGUACAACCACCAGUGCUUCACUGUCAGGAAACGACAACUCAAUUCUUCAGACUUUUCAAGAGCGGUUUCUCCAGUUCAUCCCGGAGAGGUUUCAGGAGGUGAAGGCUCAGGCCAGCGCCCUGCAGGGCACCAGGGGGAUGCGGGUGUGGAACGUAGCCUGGCUCAGGUGUCAGGAGGCCAGGCAGCAGCUUCAGGAGAGGAUGCAGAGUGUGGAUGAACUGCACCACCAAAACCCAGAGUCGAGCAGCAGUUAUGAGUGUCGCUAUGUAGAUGUGGUGAGCACUAAUAUUCAGACGACGUCACCCGGUGGACAGAAUCUGGUGGUUCAAUCGACCCCUGGUCCUCGGCACCCCCAGUGGGAGGGCAUCGUGUCCGGGGCGGUGGAUUUGGGGAAGAGAAAGCCGAUCAUGGGCAGCAACAGCACUAAUUCAACCAAUGUAGCCGACUGUGACAUCAUCAUCAAACCUGAGGAUCCCAGUGAUGCUGGAACCAGCCAGGGGUCAAAGGUCCCUCCACAGUCACCUCACAGUUCAGGAAGGAGAACAGAGAGAGAGGCGAGGAGGAGACAGACGAGCAGAGCGAGGAGAGAGCGGGAUGCUGCCGCUCUGUCCCAGUCCCACACCGUCGGCUGCCAGUGGUUUCCAUGGGCGCGAGGCCUAAAAACGAGGUCGGUGAGCCAAGACUCGGGCUCCACGGGGGCGGCGACUGCAGGGUCCUCCACUCCCCCGGAGCAGCGAGUCCGACCGCCAUCGUCCUGCUCCCACCACGGUCAGCCGUCCUGUCGGAUUCUCAAGGAGGCUCAGAAGUUCCAGAUCUCCCGCCACGGCAGCUUCUGCUCAGAGGACUCCUGUCUGAGCGAGCGGGGGGCUGCAGGUGGUGAUGGGUCUCUAUGCUCCAAACACUCCAGCCUGCCCAUAGGGGGCAGAUAUGAGGGGGCCUUUUAUUUGGCGAAUCCUCAGGAGAGUGCCAGCAACGCUCUGAGGCUGAGGCGUAUCCUGGAGGAGCUGGUGGUCACGGAGAGGGAGUACGUACGAUCGCUCAACUACAUCCUGACCCACUACCUCCCCCUGCUGGACAGACCUGACAUCCCCCAGGACCUCAGGGGCAAGCGAGGUGUCAUCUUCGGGAACCUGGAGAAGCUUUACAACUUCCACAGCCACUACUUCCUGCCAGAGCUGGAGGCCUGCCAGAGGGAGCCGGCCAUGGUGGCCCGCUGCUUCCUCAGACAUAGCGAGAGCUUUGGCCUGUACGCUCUGUACAGCAAGAACAAACCUCAGUCAGACGCCCUCAUCCUGCAUCGGCGCCACGACAUCUUCAAGAGGAAGCAGCAGGAGCUGGGGGACAUGAUGGAUCUUUCAUCCUACCUGCUGAGGCCCAUCCAGAGGAUCAGCAAGUACAGCCUCCUUCUGCAGGACAUGUUCAGCGAGAGGGAGCGGGAGAGGUCUGAGAUCCAGGCUGCUGCCGACUUGGUUCGAUUUCAGAUGCGUCACGGCAACGAUUUGCUCACAAUGGAUGCCAUCCAAGACUGUGACGUGAAUUUGAAAGAGCAGGGCCAGCUGAUUCGUCAGGAUGAGUUCACAGUUUUCUUUAGGAAGAAGAAAUGUGUCCGCCGCGUCUUUCUGUUUGAACAUCUCGUCCUCUUCAGCAAGACCAAGAGGACAGAUAUCGGCAAUGAUGUGUAUGUCUACAAACAGUCAUUCAAGACGAGCGACAUUGGGAUGACCCAUAACUCCGGUGUGAGCAACCUGUGUUUUGAGAUCUGGUUCCGCAGAAGGAAGAGCGAGGACACCUACACCCUGAAAGCCUCCAGCAUGGAGGUGAAGAAAGCCUGGACCACUGAUCUGGAGAGGAUCCUGUGGGAUCAGGCCACUCACAGCAGAGAGCUUCGUAUACAGGAGAGGGUGUUUAUGGGGAUGGCCAGCAAACAUUUCAUGGACAUUAAACCCAGCGAUGCUGCGAUUUGUGACCGAGCCGUCAGCUGUGUCCUGCCUGGGAGAAUCCCUGUGGCGUGUUGUUCUCACAGGGGCGUAGACUAUCCACGGCCAAACUCCAUUGGCUCUGGCAGCACGGCCUCCACCACCCUCAGCCAAUCGUCUUCCUCCUCCGGCCGGGGCUCGCUGCCCCCUGCUGGAUACCCCGGGAACCAGUCGCAGGGAUUGGACACCGGUCCGGCCAUCUGCUCCUUCCCUGAGGCAGUGACUGACAAUGAACUCAACCAUCAGCAUCUUCAUCAGCAUCUUCAUCGUAACUGUGCGCAGUGGAAAACUCAUCAUCCUCUAUUGGACAGCACCGAGUCAUCUGGGGAAAACAUCAAUGUCUUGAGCAGCUCGGACCCCAGCUGCCUGUCUGCCAUUGGUGGAGAGGCAGUGGAAAACUCCUCCUCCUCGUUCAUGUCCCAGAAUUCCAAGCUUCGCCUACCACUGAGUCGGACGCCGAGCCUGAGGAGAAACAGCUCACCGGUGAUCAUCAGAAAGAAACCAGGUGUCGCGCCCAAACCUCAGCAUCUAGCUAAUGCCCAGAGUGAAGAAAUUAUAAUCGUAAAAUCAACAGAAGUGUAACCCUGGAUUCCCUACAGAAGAUUUUUGGACGGCUGGAUCCAUUCAGUCCUGCACAUCUUCUGGUCUCUGAGGGAACUAGAGGGCGCUCAGAGAGCAUGAACCUCCGCUCCACUAUUUUGCAACGGUCAAGAAAGUGAGAAAAAAAAUGUCUGGAUUUACGGCAAAAAUGGUUCGAUCUUUCCAUCCAGUUUCGUGGAAAUCUAUUCUGUGACUUUUGCAUAAUCCUACUGACAAACAAUCAAUUAAACCAAAGAACAGGGAAACACAUCGUGUGGCCAAACAGUCAUGAGACGCAGCUUUGUGGUCACAUGUUCUGGUUUGCAUACCAUUACAAUACAUUACACACAAUCUUAACCAGUAUUCACAGAAUAUGUGUCUUUAGGUGCCUUGGUUCUUUACCGCAGCAGAAAUAUUUCCAUCAUCAGCAAUGUUUUUUAACUUUAAUAUUGAACCAAGCUUAAGAUGAACCGAUCCGGUGGAUUAAACAUGAAGAACAUAGCUUAUUGACAUACUCAGCAUAGGAACCUGUUUUUGUGUUCAGUGAACUAACCAUGUGUUUUUAUGUGGUUAGCUGUCAUCUGUUAGCUUCAACAUUUACUGACUAUACUGUUGUUUAGAGUGAAACAUAUUCUGCAAAUACAUACAUGAGUAUCAGGUAUAUGUGUCAUGCUACAAUAACACAGAAUGAAAGAGUUUGUGUUCAAGGGAUACAUUUGUAAUGCAUGUUGUUGGAUCUUUUGUACUGUAUAGUGUGUACAGUUAGCAGUGGCAACUGUAUUUGAGAGAAGGAGAAUGCACUUCAGUUCUGAGACAAAUAUGAAGUGUCUCUUUGUGCUGCUGUGCUACUUUUCAUUUGAUUUACCUGCAGGCAAAGUGUUGCUAAAGAAGCAUUUGUAUCAGCUGGACUAUAAAUGUUUUGUUUACGAGAUCACAAGGGAAACUGAGGUUCAGUUCAUGGCCAGAGCUGUGGAGUGUUCAAGAGCCCAGGACUGGCUGCAGACCCAGACUUCAGGAAUGGAGAAACACGUGUUUAAUAAUAAAUUGAAAUUAAUUAAUAUAUGAAGUUAUUUCUACUUUUGAGCCAUUUUUUUCUCACAGUAGUUCUAUAAACGGACAGACCACUGGCUCACGUGUUACUGUUUUCACAUCUGGAUAUUAUUUAUUACAGUAAUUCGUUCUCUUCCUCAUAAAAGCAACACAACAACUUUGUAUUAACAGACAAAAUAUGGCUGUACGCUUACAGGCAAGAACCACUUCCUGUUAUUAAGGGUCCACUAAUUGUUCCAUACUCAUCAAUGUUCCAGCUUCACCCACAUGAAAAUGACUAUUACAAAAAAGGUAUUUUCUCUGAUUAUUUACAUACAUUUUGUUGUAUUUUGUUUGUUGUCUUUAUUUUUUAACAAGUUAUUGAUGGAAGGCAUCACUUUUUUUUCAUGCAAAAUGUACAGUAUGCAAAUGAUGACUGGAUCUUUGAUGGUCACAAUGUCGACUUUUAUUUAUUUUCCUAAAAACCACUGACUUUUAAUGACCUGGAAGAUCCAUGUGUUUUCUGUUCUCUGUAACUCUUAAUUUAUGACUUUUUCUGUUUGUGUAAAUGCAGAGUCUGUGCAGUUAUUUUUUCUUUCUUUCUUUCUUUUGUUGGAUUGUUUUAGUGGAAUUUGGAGAAGGUUUUGUUUGGUUUAACCUCUGAACUUUGCACUACCUUUUGGAGGUGAUGUGACUGCAUGAGGAUGUGGUACCAAUGUGAUGAUGCUUCACUUCCUUAUUCCACAGAGUAAUUCCUCAGACAGACGGACAGCUGCAGACACUUGUUUCAAAACUUUGUUUGCCACUGUGCAGGUUUUACCUUGGCACAGACACCACUGCCCAAAAUAGCGGUCUGCUAUUUCCAUUCUUUCUUUUCUUUUGAUCUGCAAAGUGUUUGAUAGAAACUGGAUAUAGUCAUGUUGCAGUUUUAUGACCUUUUACACAACAUCCUCCAGUAAUAAAAAAAAAAAUGAAAGUGAAAAACU